UUACAAACCUCGUAAGGUCAUUCUGAUGGUUGGAGAAACGGGUACAGGGAAGACCAGUCUCAUCAAUGCAAUGAUCAAUUACAUCCUGGGUGUUAGAUGGGAACACAAGAUUUGGCUGGAGGUAGCCGAGGUAUCUGAAAACCAAACUGAGUCUCAGACAACAGCAGUGACUGUUUAUGAGGUUUUUCCAAAGGGCAGUCCAUUCUCUCUCACCAUUAUCGACACACCUGGGCAGGGUGACACACGUGGCCUUGACAAAGACAAACUCGUUCCUGAAAUUUUGCAGCUGUUAUUCAGAUCUGAGGAUGGCAUUCAUGACAUUGAUGCCGUGUGUCUCGUGCUGAAGGCAACAGAUGCUCGGCUCCAUGAAAGACAGCUGUAUAUUUUGGAUGAAGUUCUGUCAUUAUUUGGAAAGGACAUAGAAAACACAUCACUAUACUCAUCACAAAUGCUCAUAAAACCGUUCGAAAAAGCCCUUGAUUGCAUCAAAGUAGCCAAAAUUCCAUGUGCAAAAACAACGAACGGUCAGCCUGUUUAUUUUAAAUUUAACAACUGUCAAAGUGAUUCCUAUGAUGAGGAAGACAGAGAGAAUUACAAAGACUUAUGGGAUAGUGGAAUUGAAAACUUCCAGCAGUUCUUUGCCUAUCUGAAUGGGAUACCCCCCAAAAGCUUAAACAUGACUGAAGGUGUGCUUAGAGCCCGGAAACAGCUGGAUGCCAAUGUCAACAACUUAAAGGACAGAAUCAAACUGCCUGAGAAGAUCAGGCUUGUGGAAGAGUGUUACCAGUGUUUCGAGAAAUUAUUGGAGACGGCAUUAAAAUCGACAUCCAUGUCCUCGAUUCAACAUCUGGACUUCAUGAUUGAGAAGAUGAAAGAAACCGGGAAACAGGAACGAGUUCUGAAACUUGAGGAACUUAAGAGAAGGGCACAGGAGAGAAAAUAAAGGAUUGAUUGGGAAAUUAUACCAACGAAUGAACCCAUGGAAAUAAUCUGCCAAAUAAAGCAAAUAACACGAAGAGAAUAAUGAAAAAUUUGAAGAAAUUCAAACAAUAAAUGCCGCUUUGAUGCUCUUUGAUGUGGCACGACAGAUCCCUGUAUGGACGCCUUAGUUCAAAUGGCAGCAUGGAGAGCCAGUGAAUGCAAUCAUCAGUUCCUCUUUUCUACCAGUUAUAAAAUUAAAUUGAUAUGAAUGAACAUCUCAUCAGUAUUUAAACCGCUGUAAGAUGUCAAUAAAACAGCUUGCAAACAAUGUCACCAGGAGUUAAAUUGGGAUUUGUUAUGGGGGGGGGUAUGGAGUUUGGAGUUUCUACAGACAUCGGUCCCAAAUCGUUGUAUUUUAGAAAAAUAUUAAAUGGCAAACUGUACGUGGCGCGGCAUGAUUUUGAAAAGCUGUUGUGUGCUAAGAAUAGACUUGAUAAUUUAUGAUAAUUUAUUAAUCAUAACCUGCCAAAUGGGUUAGUGAUUUGAUGUGGGUUACCCACCUGACUUCACUGGAGCUAUAAUAAUCUAUAAUCUCUGAAAAUAUUGGCCUGACACUUUUGGGGGCUCUGUCAGCUAGCUAUACUGUUGGCUAAUCAAAUCUACAACGGGCUUAGCUAACGUUACGUAUUUAGAUGGAAGAGCAUGAGAAGAGAGAAUAGUUGAGUUCACUCGUCACUGAGUUUAAGAUGUUAAAUUAGUUAUCUUACCCAGUAAACGACCUGUGGCUCGCCAUGAUAUGACCUCGCUCGCUCUUCUGUCAGACUGGCGGCGGCAGAGGCGGGGAUUCUGGGGAAAUAUAGUGGGCAUGGUCGACCUGUGACUUCAAUCGAGUGUGACCAAUAGAAAAAGGCCUUUCAUCCUGGUGGGUAGAGACCGUACUUAAGACACAGCUUCACUCGCAAGCAAAACUUUUCAACUCGCAAACAAAAGUUUUAGACCUGCAAAAAAGACGGCAGAAAAGAGAGCAACAUUUGUGGUUUCGUGAUGAAAAGUGUUUGAAGUGCACAAAGAAAAAUAUGAUUUUUCAAAGACUUACACGCACUGCAAAUUAUUUUGUUUUCAAUUUCUUUAUUUUUGAGCCAUAAGAAGCCUUUUUUGCUAACUUUUAAUUUUUAAUUACAAAAUAAUUAAUUUUUUUCUCAAACACAGUAUGUUUGAUUGAAUAAAAAAAAGACACAAAAUAAACUCCAUACUUUUUCUAUUCCUCUUGUUUUACAAUAGUGCAAGCUAAAACAUAUACACACAUAGUGUAUUCGGAGACUCAAAGCACUGGGGUGGGGGACCAAGAUCCUUUCCUCCUUAAGUCUUCCAAGGACACAUAGUAAUUCCCCCUACAAGGCUGGACCUAUAGUCCUGUUACAUACAGAUAUCAAUAUUUUACGUGUGGCAUCGAUGCAUCGUAUUGUCAGACAUUGUAUCGAUCCAUAUCGAUGAAUCGUUACACCCUACUUAUUAGUAUGACUGAAUUUGAUAAUUGAAGCUCAGAAGCAAAGACAUUGCCUCCCCUUGGAAUUGUAAGGUUCUAUCUGACAUUUUUGUCAAAAUUGAGUUAUUCACAUAUUCUUAUUAUGUGACGUUUUUUUAAGUUUUGUACAUUUUAGGACUUUUUAUUAAGAAAACAAAAAGGUUCUACCUACAAAGUCGAACUCUAACUUGGUUCUAUAAGGUUCUAUCUGUGAAUCAGCCAAUCAGCACUUCAAAUGCUGAGAACCAAUCAGGAUCAACGUUCUUUGUCAUGUCACUGGACUGCUCCAUAACAGCAGGAAGGAUUAAACAUUAGACAACAAUAAUUACGUGUCUGCAUAAUCAAUACGUGCAAUUCACCUUUAUUCCACAAAGUGGCACUGUUUACAACAUAAUGAUGACAUGAGUUUUCACUCAUAAUUAGCGCAUGCAUGAAACAAAUAAUCAUCUGCAAAAAUUGAACUGGCUUGAAUGGCUUUACUGCAGAGCUACUGCACAUAAUGAAAUAUGAGUGUCACUGUCGUUUGAUGGUGGAUGUGGUGAAUAGCGGUCAAAAUGUUGUUUUUGAAGAUGCUGAAAAUGAUAGUUUUGAGAAUAUAUUGAGAUCGUGAAUAUGAGCCAGAUGCUGAACAU